CUGGAACGGACGAAUUUGUGUGUUUCUGUUGAAUCAUUCCCGUAAAAUCUCGAGCGCUGUGCGUGAACAAUCUUUUGGCAUAUCUAUUUUGUAAUGAUUAGAUAAUAUUGACUUCGAGUACUAACGAAACCUUAGUACCAGUGCAUAUAUUCUAGGGAGCUAUACUGGACUACCUGAGCAAUGACGAAAUUGGGAUUUUUCUUGGUGCUGUUUCUGUGUACCGCUGUUUUGGCAGAAGAUGUAACAGUGCAACUGCCAGUUGGUACGGUAAAGGGAUUAGUAAAGUCUACCGCUAAAGGGGUAAUAUUCUACUCUUUCCAAGGAAUACCGUAUGCUGAGAAACCAGUCGGCGAUUUGAGAUUCCAGGCACCAAAGAAGAAAUGGGAAGGAAUCUGGGAUGCGACGAAAUUCGGCAACAUAUGCAAUCAGAUGAGUUAUACGCCUCCCAAUCAAAGUGAAGAUUGCUUAUUUGUGAAUGUCUAUACACCCAAUUUUACUGACAAUUUUCCAGUGAUGUUUUUUAUAUAUGGAGGGGGAUUCGUCGCAGGUGCCUCUAACUCCUAUGGUCCUGAUUUCUUAAUGGAGCAGGACGUUGUUCUGGUUACAAUCAACUACAGAGUAGGACCUUAUGGUUUCCUUUCGACUGGAGAUGAUUUGGUACCUGGAAACGCUGGAUUGAAAGAUCAGAAUUUGGCCUUAAAGUGGGCCAAUCCAUCAUUUUGGUGGUGAUCCAACCAAAAUUACAAUUUUUGGUCAGAGUGCUGGCUCUGCUUCUUGUGCUUAUCAGAUUAUGAGUCCGUUAUCUAAAGGUUUGUUCAGAAGCGCAAUCUUGCUCAGUGGGACAUCGCUAAGUCCAUGGGCGUACCAAAGGAACUACCAGUUAUAUUCGAGGGAAUUGAUCAGAAAUAUAGAUCCUGCAAACUACCAUAAAUAUAAUACUUCUCAAACUAUUUACGAGUUUCUCAAAAACAUACCAACAGAGAUAAGUAAUGAUGCUUGCUUGGCGAUAGUAACAACGAAUCCUAAAAGCUAUCUACAGUUGUACCAAGGAUUUUUCUUUGCGCCGGUAUACGAGCACGAGCACGAUGGUGCUUUUUUGACCAAACAGGCAUACGAAGCUAUGGAAGAGGGAGAUUUCAAUAAAGUACCAGUAUUACUCGGUGCUACUAGCGAGGAAGACUAUUUCCUCAUGGAAGAUAAAGAAGGUCUCGGUUACAUAUCUGAAAUAUUCACACAAAGUCGUGAUUCAAUACCAGAUGAUAUGCAUGUCACUGAGGAGAAUAAGGAUACCAUCAAAGCUGAAUUGAUGAACUUUUAUACUUCCGGAGGAAACUAUGUGGACAACCCUAGGAAACUUGUCACGCUUAUGAGUGAUCAUGAUUUUGUAAAAUCUGUGCUAAAGUUCGCUGAGCAGUUGGUGAAACACUCGCAAAACCCAUACCUCUACCAGUUCUCUUACAAAGGUGUCUUGGGUUUUCACAGAAAUCAGUCAGCUUGUGGUUGGCGUGGGAGUUCGCUCAUUCAGCAUCACUGACAGUUGUACCCCAGAGCUUACACAGACCGUUCCGUAUUUUCACUGGAUACAGUUUUUUAUCAAAUUAAUAAGCAUGUCAUCCUCAAGUUAUGAGGCAACUAUAGAAAAUAAUGGCAACGACCUGCAGUUCAUCGCAGAUGAAAUUGCCAUUGCUCCCAUUAUUUUCCAAAAGUCACAAGUGCCAAAAAUAAAAAUGAGAAAGGACGAUGCCUAGAAGAAGAUGUUGGAAAAAUAGGAAUCAACAUUCGGUAAACCAUUAGAUACUAAAGGCUUAUUAAAAAAAAUCAACAACAUGAAAUCAAGAUUGAAAAAAUAACAGAUCUAAAAAAAAACUGGUAAUAAAGCAAUUAAAUUGUUAGAUUGGGAAAAAAGUUGCUGAUAGCUAUGGAAGGUGACUGUAAUCCUACAAUUGGGAAAAUUAGAGGUGCCAUUCAGGUUGGUAGUGUUCAAGAAGAAGGAAGUGAACUAUAUACCGAGCGCAGUG